AUGGCCGAUACGCAGGAACUGGCGAAAGGGUACACUUUCGUCAACAACACCCAAUACGAUGCAGGGCUGUUUCUGCUCAAAAGGCUUGGAGUCAAGUCUGGCAUGCUUGUUUUGGAUGUCGGCUGCGGUCCGGGCAACCUCACGUCGUACCUAGCGGAUCUUGUUGGAGACAACGGAAAAGUUGUCGGAAUUGAUCCCAGCAAGGAGCGCAUCGACAUUGCACUCAAGCUGGCCACACCCAAUCUAUCGUUUCAUGUGGGAGUCGCUGAAGACCUCUCUUCGUUCAAGUCAGAAAGCUUCGACAUCGUCUUCAUAAACUCAACUCUCCACUGGGUACAGGACCAGCCUCUUGCACUGAGAGAGGCCGCCCGUGUGCUGAAGCCUGGGGGCCGCGUCGGCAUCUCAGGAGGGUCAGGAGACUACCUUACGGCACAAGAGAGGAUCAAGGAAGAUGUGCUCUCGAGACAGCCUUACCGGAAAUAUCCCGAAGAAAGCCCUCCAAAGUUCCUGAAACAGCGCGAACUAGAGAGUCUUAUCGAUAAUGCUGGGUUCUCUAAGAGAGACAUUGUCAUCAACAAAAUCGUCAAGUCGGCGAAAGACGCGGACGCUAUGAUCGACUGGUUAGACACAAGCUCAUCCGGGAAGACGUAUGGAGGAAUUCCUCUGGAUCUACGACCGAAGGCAAGAGCGGAGAUGAAGAAGGAAUGGGACAAGCUGGUAACCGAUGACGGUAUUCACAUGGAUAUGGAAUUAUUGGUCACUGUAGCCACCAAAUAG